UUUAAUUUUAAUGUUUACUUGGACCUGGGAAACUUACUGAUAUAGAAUAACUUUCAUUUUCGUACUUAAUAUUUUUUUUCAAUAAUUAAAUUUAAUUAAACUUAAUUAUUUACAACUUAUAUUAUUUAAUCAAAUACAGUGACCAUUAAUAUUGGAAAACUAGUAUAAUAUGUCUUAUACUUCUUUUUCAAUGUCAAGAAUGUGAUGUUUAUUAAAUCAUUACUAUCGAUCUACAAGCCUACAUUAACAUUAAAGAAUUUCAUUUCAUUGCAAUUGAGUUAUAAUAAACAGAAAAUGAGUACUUUGGAAAAUGUUAUUGAUGGUUUAAAUGAUGUUAGAUGUCGAAUUAAAGUUGUGACUCAAAAACAAAAGGAGUGCUAUGUAGAGCCAAGGCUAGUUGCUGUUAGUAAAACAAAACCUAUAGAACAUAUAAUUGGUAUUUACGAGAAAGGUCAAAGACAUUUUGGAGAAAACUAUGUUCAAGAACUAAUCGCUAAAUCAACAGAUGUCGAAAUAUUAGAUAAAUGUAAAGAUAUUAAGUGGCAUUUUAUUGGCCACAUACAAAAAAACAAAGUUUCCAAAGUGUUAAUGGCUCCCGGUUUAUAUGUUAUUGAAACAAUUGAUAGUGAAAAAUUAGCAAGUGCUGUAAAUAAUGGAUGGAAAAAACUUAAUAAAGAAAGUAAAUUGAAAGUAAUGGUUCAAGUUAACACUAGUAAUGAGAAAGAAAAAUCUGGCAUAACAACUGAUGCAGUAGUAGAUUUUUAUAAAUUUAUUAUUGAGAAAUGUGACCAUUUAGAACUAAUUGGUUUAAUGACAAUUGGUCAGUAUGGUUAUGAUUGUUCUCAAGGACCAAAUCCAGAUUUUUUGGCCUUAGUUGAUUGUAAAAGAAAUGUUUGUGACAAAUUAAAAUUAAAUCCAUCCGAAAUAGAAUUAUCUAUGGGCAUGUCUGAUGAUUUUGAACAUGCUAUUGAAUUAGGAAGUACAAAUGUUCGAGUUGGAAGUAGUAUUUUUGGUUUUCGUCCAAGAAAAGAAAAACAAUAAUUUAUUUGUAAUAAUAAUUCAUUAAAAAAUUAAUUUGAUUUAUCUUAUAUUCAUUUAAUUUAAAUUAGAUACUUUUUCAUUGUAAUCUUUAAAUAUCUUAAUAUAAUA